GAUUGACAGGAAUUUAAUACUUGUCAAAAUGAGAAACCAGCUUAUAUUUUUGACAAAGAUUGAACACUUACGAGUUUUCACAAGAUUCUUCAGUAAAUGCCCACCUGAUAACAAAACCAAAAAAACCGAUGGAAGCAAAGAAAAACGAAAAGAUGACGGAGAAGACGUUCCUAAUAACAUGUUCAAAGUGUUCAAGAAAGGUGAAUGGAGACCCUAUUCUCCAUUCCAAAAUACAAAAAACUGGGCUGAAUAUACAGUUGCUCGUCUGGAUGAUCUUCUGAAUUGGGGACGGAGUCGAUCUUUGUGGCCCAUGACAUUCGGACUGGCAUGUUGUGCUGUUGAAAUGAUGCAAUUUGCGGCUCCAAGAUACGAUAUGGAUAGAUAUGGCGUGGUGUUUCGUGCAUCGCCGCGACAGACAGACGUCAUCAUUGUAGCAGGAACACUAACAAACAAGAUGGCUAUGGCUCUGAGAAAAGUGUACGAUCAGAUGCCGGAUCCCAAAUGGGUGAUUUCGAUGGGAAGCUGCGCUAAUGGUGGAGGAUACUAUCAUUAUUCGUAUUCUGUCGUCAGAGGGUGCGACAGAAUAAUUCCAGUAGAUAUUUAUGUUCCUGGUUGUCCGCCUACUGCUGAAGCCUUGCUCUACGGGAUACUGAUGCUGCAAAGGAAGGUGAAGAGGAUGAACUCUGUACAGGCUUGGUAUAGAAAAUAAAAAUUGAAAGAGUU